CACAUUUCAUAUUAGUAAAACCAUGAAUCUUCAAGCUCUAUCUCUUCACCACGCCAUCUCAUUUCCCUCUCUAAACCCAAAUAAUUCAACUAGACUCGGUUUCAGAUUGCCAUCACACAGAGGUUUCAAGAUAGCCUCAGUGAUGAGCCCGCAGCACACGUGGACUCAAACAUGGAAAACAGACGUUCUCCAUCUAAUAGACGAAACAGAAGAGUCCUUGUUUAAGACAGGCAAAUUUGGCAGGUUUGGAGGCGUCUUCGUGCCUGAAACACUAGUCACCUGUCUCAACAUGCUUCUGUCUGAAUUCAGUUUUUGCCUGAAUGAUCCCCACUUUCAGGGCGAGCUUGCGACUGCACUGAGAGAUUACGUUGGCCGUGAAACGCCACUAUACUUCGCUCAAAGGCUCACCGAUCAUUACAAUAACGGCCGUGGGGAAGGCCCCGAGAUUUACCUCAAGAGAGAAGACCUCAACCACGGUGGAGCCCACAAAAUCAAUAACGCCAUCGCUCAGGCCAUGCUCGCCAAGCGCAUGGGCCGGCGCAGCAUCGUUGCUGCCACAGGCGCCGGCCAGCACGGCGUCGCCACGGCCGCCGCCUGCGCGAAGCUCGAUAUGGAGUGUACCAUAAUCAUGGGAGACGUUGACGUGGCGAGGCAGUCCCACAACGUGCGCUUGAUGAAGCUUCUCGGAGCGCAGGUGAAAUCAAUUAAAGGCUCGUUCAAGGACGCGACGUCGGAGGCGAUACGUGAGUGGGUGGGAGAUUUGGAGAGGAAGUACUACCUAGCAGGGACGGCGGUAGGGCCACACCCGUGCCCGGCCAUGGUGCGGGAGUUCCAGUCGGUUAUCGGAAAAGAGACGAGGAAACAGGCUAUGGAGAAGUGGGGUGGGAAGCCUGAUGUCUUGGUGGCUUGUGUGGGGAGUGGUUCGAAUGCUCUCGGGUUGUUUCACGAGUUUGUGAGGGACGAGGAUGUCCGGUUGAUCGGAGUGGAGGCGGCUGGGACUGGCAUAGAUGGAGGGACACACUCUGCUACUCUUGCUAAAGGAGAGAUAGGUGUGUAUCAUGGGGCCAUGACCUAUUUGCUGCAAGAUGAUGAGGGCCAGAUUGUUGGCCCACAUUCCGUCGGUGUUGGGUUGGAAUAUCCCGGAGUCAGCCCGGAGCUGAGCUUUCUGAGAGACAUCGGACGUGCAGAGAUUCACACAGUUACAGAUGAAGAAGCUCUUGAUGCGUAUGCAUUAUUGUGCCGAUUAGAAGGUAUAUGUCCAGCGCUGGAGGCAUCACACGCCCUCGCACAUCUUGGAAAACUAUGCUCCACCUUGCCCAGUGGCACAAAGGUAGUAGUUAACUGCAGUGGCCGCGGCGAUAAGGAUAUAGAGACCGUCUUUAAGCAUCAACAGCAAAAAUCUAGUGGGGAGCUUAUCAGUUUCUAAUAGGAUAUGUACCGUUUGUAAAUGCUUAGUAAGAUAAGAGACAUAGUUUGGGUACCUUAAAAACGCAGACAUAAAUAACUCAAUUUCACACAAAAAGUUUAUUGUUUCUCUAAAGAAAUGUGCAAACAAACAAAUGCACAAAUGC